AUGGGAAGUAUGAUAAUCAACAUGGGUAGUUAGUUGGUUGUAUGGCCAAGAUGCAGUGAAAACGAUGCCAGUUGUUUGACUCUACAGACAUAAGCGACCAACAUGUGAACACAGGAACGCAAAGAUAUAACAGUUCAUACUACCUUCCGUCUCCAGUAAUGUAUGAACUAUUAUUUUAAGAAAUUCUAUUAUACGUAAUUAUCAUUGCACAAAACAUUCAAGAUGGCAGCUGCAAUGACUGUCACCGAUGUGGUGACAGUUACACAGCCUCAGGUGGAACCAACGUUACAGAUUCGUCUUCAGGCACAAACAGUCCCAAGACCUCCACCAACUAUGGCACCUAAGGCUGGAUUAAGGAAACUUAGAAUUGACCCAUCCCGGGCUCUUGAGCCUACUAGGAAAAAGUUGUCAACCAUUGAGUCACAGAGGGUUAUGACAGUGUUUGAGGAAACCAUCAGAAGAGUGGAAGUCAUCACUCUGCUCCCUCACAUCCUUCAAAACCUUGAUAGGUUUCGCAUAUCGUUUGGACAGGAGCUGGUUGAACUCCUGGAACAACAUUAUCGGAUUCAGGAAAGUUACCAGGAGAUACGUGAUAUGCUGGAUCAACAGUUGGCCAAACGAAUCCGGAGUGGGAAGACCCAAUCUACAGAGGCAGUAGAGGAGGAAGGUCAGAAUGAGCUUGAUAGGGAAGAAACUCAAGGAGAGUCGAUUGUACGACCGUCUAGCGCAUCAAGUGCGGGUUCGUUUGCCAGCAUUGACAGCCAAACAGAAAACAUGAGGAGGAACCUGACCUAUGUUGCUCAUCAGUUGAGUAGCUCAUGCAAGAACAUCCUGCGAUGUUUCAGCAUCAAUCCCGCAGCCAUGAAUGCAGUUACUGCUGAGUUCAAGAAAAGGGAUGCCCAUUGUAAGACGCUGUGUGGGAAUCUGCAUGAACUGAAGGAAAUACUUCUUUGCAAGCUAUUAACUACACCCAGGGAGGAGAAAGAAAAGAUGGCAUACCUGGAUGAAAUAUCACAAAGAGAAAGAAAUAAUGCUGUUAUUAUUGACAAAAUGGAGACAGAUUUGAAGGCUGCAUUAGAUGACAAGGAGGAAGAGAUCCGCAAGAAAAAUGAUGUCAUCCGCCGCCUUCAGGCUGAUCUGCAUCAGAUAGAAAAGUUUUCUGAGGAACACAUCCGUCGUGUGAAAACAGAGGCAGAGAAACAGGAAGCUGCUGACAUGAAGAACAGUGACGGGAAGAGGCAGAAGUUGCAGCAGGAGAUGAACCAGCUGCGAACGCAGCUGCAGAACCUCACCAUGGAACACCGGGAGAGUGAGCAAGAACUUCGCAGGAGGAAGUUCAAGAUUGAAACUGAAGUUGAGAACUGGAUUCAGAAAUAUGACCAGGACAUGGGAGAACGACAGGAUGAGUAUGAGGAGAUUGACGCGAUCUACACAGAGGAGAAGAAACAGCUGAACGAGCUAGAGGAACGCUUCAAGACCCUGGAGGCAGAGUACGUGCAGAUCAUGGAGGAGAGAAGACUGGCCCGGGAGAAGCGCGAGAAGGCAGAGAGGGAGCUGGCUCUCAUGGUGAAGGCUGCCACAACCAUCCAGGCAUUCUGGAGGUCAUUCAAAGUCCGAAAGGCCCUCAAGUCCAAGAAGAAGAAGGGUGGUGGGAAGAAGAAGAAGAAGUAGAGGAAGUGCAGGAGACAGAUUUAUAUCUUAUAAUCCAAAAGUGUGGAGAAAAGUUAAAUCUGAGAAUUUUCAAAUGUUUAUUUAUUAUUUUUUUUUAUAAAGUUGUUAUAUGGGUAUUCAAAUGUUUUGGUAAAUACUUAUUUCACCUAAUCUUCCAGUUUUUGCUUUUUACCUUGCCUUGUAUAUACUGUACCAAGAUAAAACAUUGUGUUUGUCAUUAUCUGUCCAUGCCAUUGGUAUCUAUGCCAGUAACACAUAUUCUCAAUGUUAACCUAUUUGUAGACGAGUUCGUGCGUGCUUUGUGUUGAUAAUUUUGAUUUGAAAACGUUUGUUACACAUUUUGUUGCAUUUAUCCUCCUGUAGCUAUUGGCAUCUGAAGUCAAAUAUAAUGUAUAACAUUGAGUUCAAUAAUUCAUCGUUUAUUAGAUGAACCUAUGUAUAAUUUGCAACAGUAUUGUUAACCCUUGAUAUCCAUAGUCUGUGAUAAGUAUAUGAAGAAAAGGUAUGUCUGCUAUUAGCAUUGAUGGCCUAUGAUGUCCAAACCCACACAAAAAUGACACCUGAUUGUGCCACACGAAACAAUGUGCCACUUAUAAUUAUCAAGUAUUUUUCAAGUCACAGUAUUGAAUAAAAAAAUUCAAAAUGUUA